AAUUCAAUUUGUCAAUGUAUUUCACAAUUUGUCGGGUUGAUUGAUUUCGUUUUAUAGUUUUAUUAAUACUAAAUGUUUUUAGAAUAAUUAGCACGUUCUUGGUGACUACCAAGCUUUAGUAAAUAUAAAAUGGCUCAAUGUGGUGACUUUAUUAAAAGUCAAUUUCCAUUAAUAGACGAUGAUCUCAAGAAAUACGUUGAAGAUAUUUUAGACAACAGCGCAGGAGAAUUCGAAGACACGGAAGAAGUUUAUGAAGCGGUUGGUGAAGUACUAGCUGGCAUUUCAGAGAAAUCUGAGGAAGCCAUACGAGAGAUAUGUGAGCAGCUAUUACAUAUGCUGCAACCAGAUAAGACUGUAAAUAAUGGACCAAGGAAAGUACUAGAUGCUCCAAUCCACUUAGCAUCUAUGACAACAACCACAAAUGACACUGAUGCCCUUAAAAGUAUAUGGUUACAAACGAGAGAUGAUAAUUUGAAAGUUGAUGCAAAGAAACUAGAGAAGGCAGAAGCUAAGCUGCAACAAAAACAGCAGAGGCAGAAAGAGUCAAAAGUGACGUCUGCCGCACCAGUGCUACAAACUGCUACUGCUUCACAGGUCACAUCAAAGAAGGAUAAUAAAUUGGAAGCAAAAGGCACUAAUAGGACACAGGAUAUUAGGAUAGAAAACUUUGACAUUGCAUAUGGAGAUAGGGUGUUACUACAAGGUGCAGAUCUUGUUUUAGCAUUUGGGCGUCGUUAUGGUCUAGUUGGGCGAAACGGCCUUGGUAAGACCACUCUCCUUAGAAUGAUAUCAGCAAAACAGUUAAAAAUACCAUCACAUAUAUCCAUACUUCAUGUAGAGCAGGAGGUAGUUGGAGAUGAUACAGUAGCAUUACAGAGUGUUCUAGAAUGUGACACAGUUAGAGAAAAUUUGUUGAAACGAGAAAAAGAGAUUACAGUUGCAAUUAACAAUGGGUCAGCAGAUUCAAAUCUGUCAGCGGAAUUGACUGAGUUGUAUGCACAAUUAGAGAAUAUAGAGGCAGACAAGGCACCUGCUCGAGCAUCCAUCAUUCUGAGCGGUCUUGGUUUCACACCAGAGAUGCAGAGCCGUGCCACUAAGACUUUCUCAGGAGGAUGGCGGAUGAGGCUUGCACUUGCUAGAGCUUUAUUUUCUAAACCAGACUUGUUACUACUGGAUGAACCGACGAACAUGUUGGAUAUAAAAGCUAUUAUUUGGUUAGAAAACUACCUACAAAACUGGCCAACGACCCUUCUUGUUGUUUCUCACGAUCGGAACUUUUUAGAUACUGUACCUACAGAUAUAUUGCAUUUACACUCACAAAGGAUAGACACGUAUAGGGGUAAUUAUGAUCAAUUCCAUAAGACGAAGACUGAGAAGCACAAAAAUCAACAGCGAGAAUAUGAAGCUCAGCAACAGCACCGGGCGCAUACGCAGGAGUUUAUCGACCGCUUCCGUUACAACGCAAACAGGGCUUCCUCAGUACAGAGCAAGAUUAAGAUGCUUGACAAACUUCCAGAACUGAAACCAGUGGAGAAAGAAAUAGAAGUAGUACUCCGGUUUCCUGAAACUGAGCCUCUCUCACCUCCUAUAUUACAACUUAAUGAAGUUGGAUUCUACUACUCUAAGGAUAAAGUUAUAUUCACAAAUGUUAACUUGGGCGCCACACUUGAAUCUAGGAUAUGUAUUGUGGGUGAUAAUGGUGCUGGCAAGACGACUCUACUAAAAAUAAUUAUGGGAAUACUUUCGCCUACGAGUGGAAUUAGGAGUGUGCACAGAGGACUUAAGUUCGGCUACUUCUCACAGCAUCACGUAGACCAACUGGAGAUGAAUGUCAAUUCAGUUGAAUUACUGCAGAAGAGUUAUCCAGGUAAAUCAAUAGAAGAAUAUAGAAGACAAUUGGGCAGUUUUGGCGUCAGUGGUGACCUUGCUCUACAAACGAUCGCCAGUCUUUCCGGAGGACAAAAGUCGCGGGUUGCUUUUGCCAGGAUGUGCAUGGGCAACCCCAAUUUCUUGGUUCUUGAUGAGCCGACCAAUCACUUGGAUAUAGAGACCAUUGAAGCUUUGGGAAAAGCGAUAAAUAAAUAUACGGGCGGUGUAAUAUUGGUAUCCCACGACGAACGGCUAAUACGAAUGGUGUGCAAGGAACUAUGGAUCUGCGGAAAUGGAUCAGUUACCAGUAUAGAAGGUGGAUUCGAUGAGUAUCGCAAGAUAGUCGAAAAGGAACUCGAUGCGCAGAACAAGUAGAUAAAUCUUACAUCGAUAACGUAAACAUUCGAAAGUAUUCCAUGCAUGUGUAUGGACAUAAUCGAAACUAAAUUGAGAUCAUCGUUUUGUGUAUUAAAAAAAAUAUUGGUUAUGUUCCAUUAAAAUUGCAUACCUGGAUUGCUUUCUUGUUUACUUAAAGGAAUGUGACUAAUAAUUAUUUAUAUCGUCAUACUCGUAGAAUACUGACGGAUCUUUAUAUGUAAUAUUUGUCAGAUCCGUCAGUAUUCUACGACUAUGACGAUAUUAGUUUUACUCAUGUAUUUAAUUUCAGAGUUGCUCUGCUAGUUUGUGACUCGAUUGAACUCAUAGUCAUGAACAACAGGCUGUUACGAAUAGACUGUGUUACCAGUAAACUAAAUCCGCAUUGUUAUGUCACAGCCCCUCGGGUUCGAUUUCUGGAUUUGUCUUUUGGACAAUGAUGGGGUAUCAAUGUAUACUGUACCAUGCAUGCAUACAUCUAACUGAUCGAGCAUGUAUGUAGUAAAUAACAACUCACUGAUAUGACAGUGUUAAUCACAAGAACAGCCUCGUCAUGAACAAUGGUUAUGUUGAGUCGUGAAAUUAGUCAAGCGACUCCAGAAAUAAUUACAUGAGUAAAGUUAAUAUAAAUAGUUAUAAUCCAAUAUGAUCCACGAUAAAUUGUUAUUCUAUAAUAUUAAUUAUCUGUGUAAAAAGUAAACCUAUACAAUAUUGUAAUAUAGCUGUAGUGUUUUAUUUAUUAUUUCAUACUAUUUAUACAUAUAAUUUUAUUAUAAACGACGAUUAUCGUUAAAGGAUAAAUGAAAUACUUAUUGUAAUUUUAAUGCAAAUUUUUAUUUAUACCUUCAACCUUCCUCUGUCUGCAUUAAAUAGUUAUAGCAUACAAUUCCAUACAAAACCUUGAGUACUCGUAAAUAUUCAUGGCAAUAAAAAAAUAUAAUUAACUUAAAAAUGAUAUUUACAAAUUAAAAUUCAAAUAUAUAAUAUACAAUUAACGUAGUGACUAAAAUAGUAACAGAAUUGAGUUAAAGUUUUAAACUCAGUCGAUUGAAAAUGCCAAAUCCAAUUCAAAUGCAGUAGGUAUCCGGUGCUCAAUGGAAGUUAUAUUGAGAGAACAGUUUGUAUUUUAAAUGCAUAAAUUUUCUUAACAAAAGAGGAAUGUACUUUAUCGGAGGGAGGUAAAACAUAA